AUGGUGCCUUCGCUGUGGAAGGUGGGCAUCGUUCGCCUCAUCCACAAGAAGGGUGACCCGAUGCAGCCGACUAAUUUUCGACCAAUCUGCCUGCAGCCCGCUAUCUACAAACUCUACAGCGGGCUGCUGGCACGUCGGCUAUCGAGCUGGUUGGAAUUGAACAACCGGUUGCCGAUGGCGCAGAAGGGCUUUCGGGCCUUCAAAGGUUGUCACGAGCACAACUUCGUGACAACCACGAUGUUGGACCAGUCCCGACGGUCGCACCGGAAGUUGUACCAAGUGUGGUACGACUUACGCAACGCCUUUGGUUCGCUACCACAGGCACUCAUGUGGCAGGUGCUCCGCCGCCUUGGCGUCGAGCCCCGGUUUAUCAGCCGAUGCCAGGACAUUUACGAUGGGUCCGCCUUUGUGGUAGGGAACGCGAAAGACGGUGCGACUGACCCAGUGAGGCAGGAAGUGGGGGUCUACCAGGGAUGUCCCUUGAGAACACUCUUGUUUAUCGCUGCACUGGUACCUCUCGUACGCCGCUUGAUACAGCUAGAGGAUGUCGGUGUGCCGCUGGCGGAUGGUGUACGGCCGUGUACCACCGCCUAUGCUGACGACAUCAAGGUGUUCAGCAACAGCGCCGCCGGUAUCCAACGCUGUCAUGGCGUGGUAACGCGCUUCCUCGCUUGGACUGGGUUUCGUGCGAAGCCGGCCAAGUGUGCUAGCCUCGCGGUUAUCACCAAUGUCCGCGGCAACCUGGCUCUUGACGAUAGCGUUCGCUUGGAGCUUCAUGGUGAUGUCAUCGCCUCACUCAAUCUUAACGAGAGUUGCCGGUACUUGGGGGUGGGCGAUGGCUUCGACCAUGUGCAGCACCGCCUCCAGCUGGAGCCCAAGCUCCAACAGAUCCAGCGGAAGGCGGUAGUGCUGAUGCAGUCUGGCCUAGCGGUGUGGCAGGUGUUGAAGGCGUUGAAGACAUACGUAUACCCUAGGUCCGCCACUACCGAGUUCUUCUACACACCUACUUCUGGUGGUGGGCUGGGCCUGCAGUCGCUGGUGGAGAUGCACCAAGCGCUGCAGGUGGCACACGCGUGGCAGAUGUUGCAUUCGAAGUACCCCGCUAUCGUGGCGGUGGCAAAGGCCCAGGUGGGUCAGGUGGUGCGCAAGCGCUACCGGCUUGUUGAAGACCACUGGGUGGGUCGAGACGACGAGCUCAUCCGGUUAUUUUUGAACUCGGAGCUUGCGUCGUCUCCCCAUGCCACCGCCAAUCGACGUUCGGGUGAUAUCGCUUCGUUGUGGGUGGACGUACAGCGAGUGUUAUGCGUCCACCAACUCAAGUUCUCUGAUACCACUGCAGAGUCUGGACAAGACCGUCUCGCACUUCGCGUGCCGCACCAUGACAAGUGGCUUGACCACAAGACUGUGUUGCGGCACGUGAAGUUGCACAUGAAGAUUCGCCACCAGACUCGGUGGAAGAGUCUGGUGGAUCAAGGCAAGACGGCCCGGGUACACGGUGGGCCCGGGUCCAAGUUUGUGAUGUCGGGAGCGGGCCUGUCCGAUGCUGAACACCGUUUAGGCAUCCAGGCUCGCCUGAACCAAGUGGACACUAAUUCGCGUCACGAUAAUGCACUCGAGCAGAUUGGUGCCAAGAUUCGGCAAGCGCUCGUUCGCACCAAGUCCGGCGCAGAGCUGCGCCUGAAUCAGACAGUCCCCGAGUACACUGGUGCAGCUCUGCGCCCGGACAUCGUGCUGCGCGAUGUGACCGCCAAGACCAUGUUUAUCGCUGACUUGGCGGUCACGUUUGAGGACCAUGCUGCUGGCGCUCGCCACUCCUCACUUCACAGCAGCCAUGACUUCAAGGUGCUAAAGUACAAGCCUAUUGCGGAUGAGAUUGCGGUUGAAGGGGUGGCGAGUGCAGUCUGCAGCACUGAUUUGUGGCACGCCGUGAUCGGUGUAUCCCAGCAACUUCAAGACAUACACGGAGAUGCUGCAUCUGCUUAA